UAUAUAUGUAUUGUUUCCCUAUCGUAGCACGAAAUCUUUCUUCUCUCUCUUUUUUAUUUAUGCAUUUCUUGCAAUAAAAAAAAACAGUAACACUGAAAUCCAGGCUGACAUAUUUUUGCCUUCUUCAGUUCUAACUAGCUGCCAUUCACAAUACAGAAAGAAAGAAAAUGAAGACGGUGGAGGAAAGUGAGAAGAAAUUUGAUCCACAAGAAGUGAUUGAGGAAUUUGAGUUGUUGAGCAAAGAUGCUGGAAGAAUUCAAGAAGAGACCCUACAGAAGAUUCUGGAAGCAAAUGGAGGGACAGAAUAUUUGCAGCAAUGGGGUCUAAAUGGGAAAACAGACCCAUUGUCUUUCAAGAAUUGUGUUCCCCUAGUCACUCACAAGGAUUUAGAGCCUUACAUUCACAGAAUUGCUGAGGGUGAUCUUACCCCUAUUCUUACUGGAAAGCCCAUUACCACUAUCUCCUUAAGUUCUGGUACAACUCAAGGAAAGCCAAAAUUUGUACCUUUCAAUGAAGAAUUGAUGGAAUCCACCAUGCAGAUAUUCAAAACAUCUUUUGCCUUUAGGAACAGAGAAUUCCCCGUCGUAAACGGGAAAGCUUUGCAGUUCAUUUACGGAAGCAAGCAGUUCAAGACGAAGGGAGGUUUGGCAGCUGGAACAGCCACUACCAAUGUGUACCGAAACGCACAAUUCAAGAAGACAAUGAAAGCAAUGCAGACCCCGUGUUGUAGCCCCGACGAAGUGAUAUUUGGCCCUGAUUUCCACCAAUCCUUGUACUGUCAUCUCUUAUGUGGCCUCAUUUUUCGUAACGAAGUUCAAGUUGUCUCCUCUACAUUCGCCCAUAGUAUCGUCCAUGCUUUUCGAAAGUUCGAACAAGUAUGGCAAGAACUUGUUACCAAUAUAAGGGAAGGAGUCCUUUCUAGCCGUGUCACCGUCCCUUCUAUAAGAUCAGCAAUGUCGAAAUUACUCAAGCCUGAUCCGGAACUGGCUGAUGCUGUUUAUAAUAAGUGCAUCCGGUUAAGCAGUUGGUACGGCUUGAUUCCCGAACUCUUCCCGAACACAAGGUACAUAUAUGGUAUCAUGACCGGAUCAAUGGAACCUUACUUGAAGAAACUGAGGCAUUAUGCAGGGGAGCUACCUCUACUAAGUGCAGAUUAUGGAUCUUCUGAAGGAUGGAUCGGAGCAAAUGUCAAUCCCGAAUUGCCUCCCGAGCUAGUUACUUAUGCAGUACUUCCGAAUAUUGGUUAUUUCGAAUUCAUUCCUCUCAGGGAAAAUUUGGAUGGCCUGGAGCCUACGCCAUUGGGAUUAACUGAAGUUAAACUCGAUGAAGAGUACGAAAUUGUUGUCACCAACUUCGCGGGCUUGUAUCGUUAUAGACUCGGUGAUGUGGUCAAGAUAAAAGGAUUCCACAACGACACUCCAGAACUCCAGUUUAUUUGCCGCAGGAAUCUCUUACUGAGCAUCAACAUCGACAAGAACACCGAGAAAGAUUUACAAAUAGCCGUGGAAGCAGCAGCACAACUCUUACUAAACGAAAAGUUAGAAGUAGUCGAUUUCUCUAGCCACGUGAACGCCUCAGCUGAUCCAGGGCACUACGUAAUCUUCUGGGAACUGAAUGGUGAGUCCAGUGAGGAAAUCUUGAAAGAAUGCUGCAAUUGUUUGGAUAAAUCUUUCGUCGAUGCAGGCUAUGUUAGCUCUCGUAAGGUUAAUGCUAUUGGAGCGCUUGAGCUUCGGAUUGUGAAGAGGGGGACUUUUCACAAGAUUUUAGAUCAUUUUGUAGGAUUAGGAGCAGCAGUUAGCCAGUUCAAAACGCCGAGAUGUGUUGGCCCGACGAAUCUCUCUGUGCUGCAAAUAUUGUCUAGUAAUGUUGUUGAGAGCUAUUUUAGUACUGCAUUCAGUUGAAUUUUAUAUGUAUGUUCCUAGCCUUGUAGGCCAGAUGGUCAUUUUUCAACUUAAUAAACACGUUAAAUUGUACAAAA